UGCCCGCGAGUUUCUUUGCUCGGUGCAUCACUUCCCGCCGCUGCCAUACUCCGCUGCCCGGUGCCGGGCUGCAGCCGCGCCUGCCUCCGCCGCGGCGGGCGGCUCGGCUCGGCUCGGCGGGGCCGGUGCCCAUGGCGAGCCAGCCCGGCGGGGACAGCCCGGGCGCCGCCGCCCGCCGGCUCUACUCGAGAAUGGAGGCGUCCUGCCUGGAGCUGGCCCUGGAAGGAGAGCGCUUGUGCAAGGCUGGGGACUUCAAGGCUGGGGCAGCCUUCUUCGAAGCAGCGGUGCAGGUGGGGACAGAGGACCUGAAGACUCUCAGUGCCAUCUACAGCCAGCUGGGCAAUGCCUAUUUCUACCUAAAGGAGUACUCCAAAGCCCUGGAAUACCAUAAACAUGACCUUACCCUGGCCAGAACCAUUGGGGACCGCAUUGGAGAAGCCAAAGCAAGUGGCAACCUUGGGAACACAUUGAAAAUACUCGGGCAGUUUGAUGAAGCUGUUGUUUGUUGCCAGAGACACUUGGACAUUUCUCAGGAGCAGGGAGACAAGGUAGGUGAAGCCAGAGCGCUCUAUAAUAUAGGAAAUGUUUACCAUGCAAAGGGAAAGCACUUAUCUUGGAACAUGGCCCAAGACCCAGGCUACCUGCCUCAAGAAGUCAAGGAGACUCUACAGAAAGCUUCAGAAUAUUAUGAGAGGAACCUGUCCCUGGUGAAGGAGCUGGGUGACAGAGCUGCCCAGGGCCGUGCUUAUGGCAACCUUGGCAACACCCAGUACUUACUUGGCAACUUCAGUGAAGCUAUAGCCUUCCACAAGGAGCGCCUCGCUAUUGCCAAGGAGUUUGGGGACAAGGCAGCCGAGCGGAGAGCGUACAGCAACCUGGGCAACGCACACAUCUUCCUUGGGAGGUUUGACAUCUCUGCUGAGUACUACAAGAAAACACUCCAGCUGUCCAGACAACUCAAAGACCAGGCAGUAGAAGCCCAGGCAUGCUACAGUCUUGGAAACACAUACACGCUGCUUCAAGACUAUGAAAGAGCCAUCGAGUACCAUCUAAAACACCUGGUGAUAGCACAGGAGCUGGGAGACAGGGUGGGAGAAGGAAGAGCCUGCUGGAGUCUCGGAAAUGCCUAUGUCUCCCUGGGGAGCCAUGAACAGGCUUUGCACUUUGCAAGGAAACAUCUUGAAAUCUCCCAAGAGAUCGGGGACCGGAGCGGUGAGCUGACAGCGCAGGGGAACAUGGCCCAGCUCAGGACAGCCCUUGGCUUGGGCCCCGGCGAGGAGGACCCGGGGACAGCUCAUCGCUAUUCUGGCUAUGAAGCACAAGGAGCCAGGCCAAAGAGACUCCAAAGGAACAGCAUGGACAGCUUAGACCUCCUGAAGUUCCCUUCUGAAAAGGACCAGAAUGGGGACAGCCAUCAUGUGGGAGACCUGAAGAUCUCGGGAAAAGAGUUCUUGUCAUUGCCUGCGAGGUCAAAGAAAUACCGGGAGCACCACUCCAGUUCUGAGAGGAAGCCCCAGGGGUCAAGUACAUCACCACUGGAUGCCAGCGAAGUCCGAGUCCAGGUCUCACAGUCGAAAAUCAACCGGAGCCCUUCGGAGGAGGAAUGUUUCUUUGACCUGUUGAGCAAGUUCCAGAGCAACCGGAUGGAUGAUCAGCGCUGCCCGCUGGAGGAAUGCCCAUCGGAGGCUGCAGAGGCAGCUGCCACACCGGUCCCUGCGCUGGGAGAGCGGAUAUCACAGUCCUCCCUGAUGGCAUCUCCGCAGACAGAGGAGUUCUUUGACCUCAUCGCCAGCUCCCAGAGCCGGCGCCUGGAUGACCAACGCGCCAACGUGGGCAACCUGCCGGGCCUGCGGAUAACACAGAACAACCUGGGGCACCUGCGCGUGGAGGGGGACUCCCAGGAGCCCGGGGACGAGUUCUUCAACAUGCUCAUCAAGUGCCAGUCCGCCAGGAUCGAUGACCAGCGCUGCGCCCCCCCGGACUCCAUCCCCCGUGGACCCACCAUGCCCGAUGAAGACUUUUUCAGCCUGAUCCAGCGUGUCCAGGCCAAGCGCAUGGACGAGCAGCGGGUGGAUCUGGCCUUGGCGCAGGAGGCAGCGGAGGAGCGGCAGCGGUCUGGUUCCAGCUAAGAGCUGGGCUUGGGCUUGGGGGGGCUGCUUUCGUUUCGUUUUGUUUCUUAUAAAGAAGUGUAGGUGGUUUCAAACCCGGGCGCUCCUGCGCGGCCACAGACUGUCCCGGAGCCGCAGCUCCACCGGUGCCCCGGCUGCUCUGCAGAGGUGUUACAAGAGGCCCAGUGGAUGGGGGACAGUUUUUAAACAAGGGGUUUUAUAGGACACAUGGACACGGUAACACUGGGCACAGCACCAGGGAAGGCAACUGUGGCAGCCCCUUUGCUCAUCACCUAAAAUCCCAGGAACUUGUGCUGGCGGCCAAAGGAGGAGCCCAGAGCAGGUGGUUAACUCCAGCCUCCAUGUCUUUAUUUCCACAACACUUUUAAUUUAGUAGGGGAAGAGAAAAGCACCUUUUCCAGUUUGAAGUCUUCAUGUCUUGCCUGUGUCACGAAUUGCUCCGGCUUCUUCCUCGGAACAUCCUGCUCAGCUUUGUUCCUUCUACAGGAGGAAAUAAACCCAAGUGAGAGGCCACAGCAGUCCUUUUAAACCUCUCCCCACCCCAGCUGCGUCACGGUCAUAGGUUUGCUGAGGACACUGCAGUGAGCCCUGCAACAGCCCCUCUGCCUCCCCAGCCUCUGCUCCUCCCAUGCCGGGCCCUGCUCACCUCUCAAGGACAGCGCUGCAGCACGGCCCCAAGGGAACUGCCACCGCAGGCAGGGCCUGGGAAAGGGCAGGAGGGCUCUGCCCGUCGGUUCAGGGCACACGUGGGCACCUCGUCGCUGCUGGUGCCGCUGAGCCAGGAGGCUCAUGCAGGACAGUCCCGUGUGCCAGGUGAGUGUGCCCAGGGCACAAGCCUGCACUCAGCAGUGACCUGCUGCAGCAGCCAGCCAAGCUUCCUGGCCCUGGCUUGUCAGGAGAGGGAAGAACCACCCCCUCCUCCCACCGUGUCCCACAGCAGCUGGAGAUAAUGGCCCGUUUCUCCCCAGACCAGCGCGGAGCCUCUCCUGGACCCUGCGGAGCUUUUCUCCGGUUCGGACUCCAGUGAAAGGAGCCUCACGAGAGCUCCGGACUCGGGUGCUGGCUGGGAAGUCAGUUCCACCCCACACACAACUGCCAGAGUCUACAUUUACUUACAUUCCUUCCCCUUUCCGAACAGUUGGAGAAGCCCAGCAAGGAGGGGAACAGGCAUCAAACUUCAGGAUGUGGAGUAUUUUAUUUUCUCUUCACCAUGUUGGACUUGAGCAGCUCCAGGACCGAGUUCUGCCCAAGCAGAGCUGUUCCUGCAGAGAACAAAUCAGCACUUUGUAUUUGCAAGGCGUUUGAUGGAGACAUUUCCCACCAGCAGCAGGGUUUUCAGACCAGUGACGCUGCUCGUCGGGCACUCACGGGCCUGCACUGACCAUGGGGGCAGCUGCUGCCGGGGAGCUGGGAGCAGCGCGGGAGGAUCGGCCCAGCCUCGGCCCUCGGUUGUGUCUGUGAGAGGACACUGACCACGACAACGCCGUGAGCGGCUGCCAAAGGGGCCUGUGCAGCUCUCAGCCAGGCGCUGACCUGGACCCGACCAUGAGGCUUCCCGAGGUGUUGAUUCUUUGCCAUAUACUUGAAUGUACGAGCUUAUUUAUUUUUUACAUGUGCAUUUGCUAAUGUCAUUUUAAUGGGGAAUUUCAACCCACAGGUACUUUUUUUUUUUCUAAAAAAUAAUCUGCCAAAUGAAUUAAUAUAUUAGAAACGAAUAAAGCUCGAGGGGAGGGGGGUUGUGCUUAAUAAAUAUUUGUGUUUAAGCUUCA